GGCCACAUUGUGUUCGUAAGAUGAAAUUGUUGCCUUGGUCAACAUUAAGAGAGCUGCUGAUUGGGUUAAUGAUUCCUGAAAACAAAUGAUAUUCAGGUGGGCCAGUGAUGCCGCCCCCGGCCACGAGUCCGCCCGCCGUGACCCCACCAGACGGCGGGUGGGGGUGGGCGGUGGUGUUGGGCUCCUUCAUCUCCAUCGGCUUCUCCUACGCCUUCCCCAAAGCCAUCACGGUGUUCUUCAAGGACAUCCAGAUCAUCUUCAACGCCUCCUACAGCCAGAUCGCAUGGAUCUCCUCCAUCAUGCUGGCCGUCAUGUACGCCGCAGGUCCCAUCAGCAGCAUCCUGGUCAACACGUACGGCUGCAGGCCCAUCGUCAUGAUGGGAGGCUGCCUCUGCGCCACCGGCAUGAUCUUGGCUUCCUUCUGCAACGACGUGGUGCAGCUUUACAUCUGCAUCGGCGUUAUCGGCGGACUCGGACUAGCCUUCAACCUGCAGCCAGCAUUGACUAUGAUCGGCAAAUACUUCUUUAAGAAGCGUCCCAUUGCUAAUGGACUGGCGAUGGCCGGCAGCCCCGUCUUCCUCAGCACUCUGGCUCCUCUAAACCAGUACCUGUUCAAUAAGUUCGGCUGGAGAGGCAGCUUCCUCAUCCUGGGCGGCCUGCUGCUGAACUCCUGCGUGGCCGGUUCCCUCAUGAGGCCGCUGGGGCCGCCGCCCGGCAAGGUCAAGAAGGACGAAGAGCUGGCCGCUGUCACCACCACGACGAAGGAGAAGCGCAGCGCCUGGCAAAUCGUGAACAAGUACCUGGACUUGACGCUGUUCAAGCACCGCGGCUUCCUCAUCUACCUGUCAGGCAACGUCAUCAUGUUCCUGGGCUUCUUCGCGCCCAUUGUCUUCCUCGCCGCCUACGCCAAAGACAUGGGCGUGGACGAGUACUCCGCCGCCUUCCUGCUCUCGAUCCUGGCUUUCGUCGACAUGUUCGCCAGGCCCUCCAUGGGGCUGCUGGCCAACUCGCGCUGGGUCCGGCCCAGGAUCCAGUACUUCUUCAGCUUUGCGGUGCUGUACAACGGGGUGUGCCAUAUCCUCUGCCCGCUGGUUGAAAGCUACACCGGCUUGGUGGUGUAUGCGGUGUUCUUCGGCUUUGCCUUCGGGAUGGUUAGCUCGGUGCUGUUUGAGACACUGAUGGACCUGGUUGGAGCUCAGAGGUUCUCCAGCGCUGUGGGGCUCACCACCAUCGUGGAGUGCUGCCCGGUCCUCAUUGGUCCACCAUUAGCAGGGAAACUGGUUGAUGUCACCAAAAACUACAAGUACAUGUAUUUCUGCUGUGGAGCCGUCGUCAUUCUGGCCAGUAUUUGGCUCUUCAUCGGAAACUUCAUCAACUACAGACUCUUGGAGCGCGAGCGCAAGCACGCGGAGAUGUACAAACGGACUGAGACGGAAGAUCCGGACCAAGUUCAGGAUCAGAAGGAGGCGGAUGGGGAAGCCCAGGCCGUCGAGGAUCUGACCGACAAAAGUCCAAAAGAAGGGGAACCUAUGCAGCGGGAAACCAACAUCUAGAUCGAUCUACUCUGCCAACGGCUCGACCUGGGAACACCGCGAUCAAACUGAGCCCCAAGCCAAGAGGUGCCUCCCGGUGUUCCACCAGGCUCUGUUUGGGGUCCUCUGUACUUGUGUAAAACUAACUGCCAAAGCAACAAUUGCGUUUUAGGGUGUUGUGAGGCAUAAAAUCUGUUUGUCAGCCUGUGACGAUGACAGAAAUAUUAACCAGAGAGUAAAAGUGUAAGAUACUGUAUGCAUGUGAAGAGGCUAAAAGUCAGAAAAUGUCAGUGGAAACCACUAUAGUACUAACUGUGUUUUCUUUUUUGCCACAUUCACCUCAUAUCGGAUAUACUGUAAAGACUGCCACAGGGGGACAAACACCGGUGGCAGCUGGAACCAAGCUGUGAGAUUAUUUUAGCAGCAAAUCCACAAAUGUCAACAGAUAUAGGAAAUUAGUUAGGUUAGUUAUGUCCCCACAAGGUAAAAUAUUCCAGACCGUAGCAAGAAGUCAUUCCGUUUUUUUCCGACUGUCUUCUCCGAUAUGACGUGAAUGCAAACAUCAGUGUGUUGCCACUGUUCCAACAGCACCAGCAAACUGAAUCCACAUGUUCAAAAUCAGAUACGUCUUCUUCACGAUAUCCUUAGAAAGGUCACGUUAACCCUCUGAACCCGAGCAGUUUCUGGGCAUUUUUUUGGUGACGUUUUUAUUCACUGUA